UCCUUUCAUUUUCGUCGCAGGACCCGAACCCCAGUCAGCCCGAUCUUUGACAUCGGAACCCAGCGAUACACUCAUCGUCACAACCCAAAAACCAAGAGACCAAACUCACUAACACCACACUCGUUCACCAUGUUGACCAGAAUCAUAACCCUUGGCUUCCUCGCAACUUCUCAAGCAACCUUAAUCAACAACGCGCCUCGCGAUGACUGUAACCCUUGUCGCCCGCAAGGCGCGACAGGGUCGUCCUCGCCGUCCUUUGGCCCUGAUCUGAAGACUUUGUACACCGACGUCCUCGGCUCUGUCAAGGACAUUCAUUUCCGGAAGCGCAACGUAGACGCAACUUCCCCUGAAAAUGGUGAUAGUUCUUCCCUCUCCUCGCGCGCAGAUGCGUUCUGCUGCCGCGAGUCGCUGGACUGCGUGAACAUCCAAAACCUAAACAUCCCCAUGUGCUACGACAAGUUCACCACAAACUUCCAACUCCCAGACGGUUCUUACGGAUCCCUGACCACAGGCGACUUCUCCUCGGGAGGAUCGAAAGCCAACCUCUUCACCGGGCAGUAUUCCAAGGACGGAGGCGAAUCGGGCAACAUAUAUGCAAACGACGCCGCCGCAAAACCAAACACGGCGACUCUUUCGAUCCCACCACAGUUCACGGGGACUGGCGUGGGAAGUGCUAUUCCUGCUUCGGAAAUCGCGUCGUUGAUUACCACGACUUCGACGGGUUCUGCGGGGCCAGUGACGAUGACGACGACGGCUCCGAGUUCUAUGCCUACGGGUGAUGCGGAGAACUCGUCGAGACCGACGUCGAACUCGGGUGCUCCUGCGGAAUCGCAGGGGACGGCAGGUGCCUCGCCGCAGGGUAACGCAGCGGGGCAUGUCGCUAUUGACUCGACGAAAUCGUUCGGUAUGACUAUUAUUUCUGGACUUGUCUGCUUGCUCUUUGCUUUCUGA